CCCACCAACAAAUGAAACAGAUGCUUCAACUCACCCGAAGUUGUUGAUACAUGGAACUUGAGAGCAACUAUUAUAAAUAAUACAUUAAAUGUCGGUCAACUUUGCGUCUUUCUCCGGUCAAGAAGACAUGAGCCAGCCAAUGUCGUCCUACAGCAGUUCGACCCCUCCACCCUUGCCCAGACUCUACCCCCUGUCUGUCGCUCCGCAUCCAGUGGCCCCACCGACUCCUUCACCGUCUCCAAGUCCGCCGGCGACUCUUAUCAGUCGACUAUCAAAUGGUAGUCUUAGCGCCCCGAGCCCCACCAAUUCCCGGUACUCUUUCCACGGGGUUUCAUUUCUUCUACAGAUCGGACUCACAAGGGAAACGGUGAACCUGGACGCGAGCGAUCUGUCCGGUUUAUCUGCGGUGAAGGAGCUCGUAUGUUCAAUAGUGGACCAAAAGUUUCCAGAGUGUGGGUUUUUUGGCAUGUACGACAAGAUCCUUCUGUUCCGCCAUGACCUGAGCUCAGAGAACAUCCUAAAGAGGCUGACGUCGGCGGAGGACAUCCACGAGGGGGACCUGAUCGAGGUGGUCCUUUCUGCUCUAGCGACGGUUGAGGACUUCCAGAUCAGGCCACAUGCCUUGUAUGUCCACUCCUACAAGGCCCCGGCCUUCUGCGAUGACUGUGGGGAGAUGCUGUGGGGGCUCGUCCGACAAGGCCUCAAAUGUGACGGAUGUGGGCUGAACUACCACAAACGCUGCGCCUUUAAGAUUCCAAACAACUGCAGCGGGGUUAGGAAGAGACGGCUGUCCAACGUAUCCCUGCCUGGAACCACGAUGACCGGGCCCCGCCCUGCACCGAUUGAAAAUGUCCCCGUGCCCCAGGAGGAGGUAGGGGCACACUCUAUGUCCGUGUCCCAAACUGCACCAUCUUCUCGCAACAGCCUGUUGAGCGGCAGGCCUAUAUGGAUGGAGAAGAUGGUGUUGGGUCGGGUUAAAGUGCCUCACACCUUCUCUGUGCACACCUACACCAGACCAACCAUCUGCCAGUACUGCAAACGCCUGCUCAAAGGGCUGUUCCGACAGGGCAUGCAGUGCAAAGAUUGUAAAUUUAACUGCCAUAAGAGAUGUGCGGCCAAGAUUCCUAGAGACUGUCUUGGAGAGGUUUCCUUUAACGGAGGACCGGCCAGUCCUGGCCCAGACUCUGAGGCUACCAUGGAGGUGGACAACAGUGAUGUCAACAGCGAGGGCAGCCAGAGUAUGGAUGAACAGGAAGAGCCUUCCACCCCGGACGAUAAGUUUUACAUCGAGGGGCCCUGUCUGGAUGGGGACAAGGACGAGGAGACAGUAAAGGCCAUCAGCCCCAUGACGAGCAGUUUCAUCCCCCUCAUGCGAGUGGUUCAAUCCAUAAAACAAACCAAACGGAAGAGCUCAACAAUGGUUCGGGAGGGGUGGAUGGUCCACUACACCAGUCGAGACAAUCUGAGGAAGAGGCAUUACUGGAGGCUGGAUAGCAAGUGUCUCACCCUGCUGCAGAAUGAGACCGGAUCCAAGUACUACAAGGAGAUCCCGCUGUCGGAGAUCCUUCAGGUGGAGCAGGCUCAGGACUUCCACUGCCUGGCCCAGGGCAGCAAUCCCCACUGCUUCGAGGUCAUCACAGCCACCAUGGUCUACUACGUGGGGGAGAACAACAGCGGCCACUUCCAUAACCAGGCUCUGGCAGCCACCGGCGUGGGGCUGGAGGUGGCCCAGGGCUGGGAGAAGGCCAUCCGCCAGGCCCUGAUGCCGGUCACUCCCCAGCCCAGCGUCUGCACCGGUCCAGGACUGGGCAAGGAUCACAAGGACCUUUCUGUCAGCAUAUCAGUGUCUAACUCACAGAUCACAGAGAAUGUGGAUAUCAGUUCAGUCUAUCAGAUCUUUGCUGACGAGGUCCUUGGUUCGGGUCAGUUUGGGAUUGUGUAUGGAGGGAAACACAGAAAGACCGGGAGAGACGUGGCCAUCAAGAUCAUUGACAAAAUGAGGUUCCCGACGAAGCAGGAGAGCCAGCUGAGGAACGAGGUGGCCAUUCUCCAGAACCUCCACCAUCCUGGAAUUGUUAAUCUGGAGUGCAUGUUUGAGACCCCCGAGCGUGUUUUUGUUGUCAUGGAGAAGCUCCAUGGAGACAUGCUGGAGAUGAUCUUGUCCAGUGAGAAGAGCAAGCUCCCUGAACGUCUCACCAAGUUCCUGGUCACACAGAUUCUGGUGGCUCUCAGGCACCUCCAUUUUAAGAACAUAGUCCAUUGUGACCUGAAGCCUGAGAAUGUGCUGUUGGCCUCUGCAGAGCCUUUCCCACAGGUGAAGCUUUGCGACUUCGGCUUCGCCCGCAUCAUCGGCGAGAAGUCGUUCAGGCGUUCCGUGGUGGGCACCCCGGCCUACCUGGCCCCCGAGGUCCUUCGCAGUAAAGGCUACAACCGCUCCCUGGACAUGUGGUCGGUCGGCGUGAUCGUGUACGUCAGCCUCAGCGGCACCUUCCCCUUCAACGAGGACGAGGACAUCAACGACCAGAUCCAGAACGCCGCCUUCAUGUACCCUUCCAACCCAUGGAAGGAGAUCUCUGGAGAGGCUACAGACCUGAUUAACAAUCUCCUUCAGGUGAAGAUGAGGAAACGCUACAGUGUGGAUAAGUCUCUUAGUCACCCCUGGCUGCAGGACUAUCAGACAUGGCUGGACCUCCGGGAGUUCGAGACGCGCCGGGGGGAGCGCUACAUUACCCACGAGAGCGACGACGCCCGCUGGGAAGAGCACGCCGACGAGAGGGGCCUGCAUUAUCCCAAGCACUUCAUAAUGGCCCCGAACCUGGAUGACAUGGACGAGGACCCCUAGUGGCCCGGCGGUCUGCCCGCAGCCGGCACACGUUUCGGGAGGAGUUUGCGUGGGCAUCCUGGGACACGGAAGUCCCACGACCGUCACUUGGGCCCCUGGAACCGGCCACAGUUGGCUGAGACUGUAAGCUUUAAGAGACGCAUGUAAUAGCCCACAUCCAUGUGCAUGAAUGAGUCGUCAUGCACUGCUGCGUGGAUCAGACAGGAGGCGCUGCACACCAUACUGUGUGGUGGUCGAACACCCGGGCAAUGGAACCUAUUUCUGGUGUUGUGAGGGAGGGGGCGCGACGAUCGAGAUGGAGUGUCUUCAAGUUGUUUUGUUUUCUCAUCACAUUCCAGAGACUUUACGUACGUGGCUUUCUCUCUGCACUGACUGCCUUCUAAAAGCCAUAAUACGCUGUAUGUCUCGCAAGCCUAAAAGACAAAAACUGUUGUUGAUUAGUUAGUAGUGGACUCACCUUGCAAAUGUGGACCAAAUCCAAGGAGAUGUUCAAGUUUUUCCGCUUCUAAACCAUAUUUUUCUAAUGUCCUUUGUUUAUCAUGCAUCUACAUUGAAUUAUGAAUUUACUGUCAGAGUGCCAAUUUUGGAAAACAUUUAUUUCCAAAGGUUUCAAGUUAAGCCAUUGAACUGGAACAGUCAGUACAAAAAAGGCAUAUGUUUUGAAUAUUCAGUAUUUUUUAUGCUUAUUUGGUGGCUUAUGUUUUUGCACUAUUGGCUACAUCCUGUAAUUUCCAGGUCCUUAUUGGAUGCCUUGUACCAAUCAAUCAGCAGCUGCUAUACAGUCUUAAUGUCCCUCAUUAAAUUCCUGAGAAAAAAAGAAGCAAAGCUGAUACCAGCCAAACCCAAGCCUGAGAAUUCUAUACAUAGAAAUAUAGGUAAAAGAAGUAAUUAUAUUUUUGAUUCUACCCAAUUUUUUUUAUAGAACCACAAAGACUCUGGAUAUCAACUAAAUGAUGAAUAACGCAGGGGAUCAAUGAUAAACUCUCUGAGAAUUCGUAAUUCUCUGCUGUCAGCCAUUGCUUACAGAAGUUAUAUUUUUUUGAAUGAGGUAAGGAUAGCUGAGAAAUGUUUCUCAGGUAGCAAAUGUAUUAUUGUUGUUUAAAAACUGAUGUGACAUUUUCAAAGCUCUGCCUUAUUCAGAUCUGACCAAUACCCUGUCAUGUCCUUGGCGGUGGCGUUUGUAUGGGUGACUGGUCCUCACUCGAGGCCAGCUACUGCCGCACUUUUGUGAACACUGCAAGGCCACGCAAGCCUGGCAGAUGCACGAACGAUACAUCCAACAUGGCACUCCAUGCCGCAGCACAGUGAUUAAAAAAAGAUUUGUGUUUCUCCGACCCGAAGACAUAGACAAAUAGAUUUCAAAGAACUUAAGGUAGAUUUCAACAAAAUAGAGCAUAUUACACCAAGGCUGACACCAAUGCAACCAAGUUCAGACAGUUAAGCUCAAUGCAGAAAACCACGGACGUGCAAACUUUCGAGGGCUGAAAAGGUGACAGAAGAGCGGAUGGGGCUUAUUUCUGCGCAUGAGCAACAGAUUGCUUUUAACUUCACUUCAAUAUUUACUGUGCCACAAAAUAGGAUACUGAAAAACAAUAUGCAUAUUUUCUCAAAUUCAAAGGCUUUUCUGUGAUUUGGUGGGAAUUAAAUCACAUUGAUCAGCAUUACAUCGAGCAAGUAAAUGGAAAACACUACAACAAAUUCGGUUUCAGGUAUUCACACACUCCCUUUUGCCUCACGCGCCAAAACCUUACUCAGAAAUAUCUACGCAAGUAGCCCAGCCCUGUUUUUGUAGGUUCUUCCUGUGCUCUCCAAACGUGUGCAUGGUACUCUAUUUGAAUGAACACUACCUAGAUAGCUAAGAAGCAUAACUAAAUGUCACUUGCCCCAGAACAUGAUUAACUUACCUUUUUCAGACGUUUCGUUUGAAAGCACGUCCAAUAUCAAGCGACCUGAGCUGUCAAUUCCAUAAUGGCAACCUAGAUCAGGCCAGAGUGCAUACUUGCCGUAACAUACCAAGAUAUUUAGUAAAAACAUAUCUUUCUAUGUCUGAAAUGUGUGGGAAUCCGAAGAAUGUAAUUCAGGUAUUGUGGUUGGGUAGGUGGAUUGAUUUUGGAUGACGGGAUUUAAUGAAGUUGUGCUUUUUAAGGGCUGCCUGACAGUGGAACAUGGAACCCCCCCCCCCCCCCCACACACACUUUAGAGUUACACAAUUAACGAUUAGAAUUGCUUUUAUUAUUAUUUUUGUAUGAGAUGACUGCAAUUGUGUGCAGUGCAGGGACAAACAUGCUGAUUAUUGCUUUGUGAAAACAAACCAAUACGUUUUCUUCUGACUACACCCUAUUUAGCCUCUUACUGUGAACGUUGUGGUACAGUAUGAUGUUUGCCAUACAGUCUACGUUGUAUAAUUUUAAGUUUAGCAAAAAGCACAUGUAGUAGAGUGAUGACUUAAACCUGAGAUUUUGUCUUAAUUUUGUGUUGCCACUGGAUUGGCACAUGUCAGUGUUGUCUAUAUUUCAAUAUUCACAUAUCUAAUAAUAAAAGAAUGCCUCGGUCGGUGCCGCUGAGUCUGAACUAA